AUGGGAGGAGGGGUGAAACGAGGAUUUGGAAUCCACAUGGCGGAUUUGGAAUCCACAUGGCCUGGGAGACAGAACGGCAACGGCGGAGUAGGGGUGGUUUUAAUUGUGCACGCGGUGAAGAAUAGAGACAACAGAGGUUUUUAUCAGUUUAGUUUGGUGGAGAAGCAUAGCUGCACGUUGUCUCUGUACAAUCGUCUUAUCCUUGCGCACGAACGGGAGCUCUAUGCGAUGGAGAACACUAGCAGGAACACUGAAGUGCAUUCGAAUUCUGAUGCUUGUAGCAAUACUGUGUUUGAUCACCAUAGGUUUGAUGAAAAUUUUGAUGUUGAUAUGCAAGAGCUUGGUAAAGAUUGGAUCCCUGAAUGUGCUGAGGGAUUGAAACCAUUCAUUGAUCAGCAUUUUAGUGAUCUUGAUCAAGCUUUUAUUUUCUACAAGGAAUACGGUAGAUCAUCUGGAUUUGAUGUACGUCGUUCCACUGAAAGGAGUGACAAGGAUGGUAAUACUAUAGAGAAGUAUUUUGUUUGCUCAAGAUCGGGACGUCCUGACGACAAAAAUGUUGAUAGAAAACUCCAAAAGAGGUGGAGAACAGUUUCAACAAAGUGUGAAUGCCAUGCAGACCUUGUGCUUGCUUCACAUCAACUAGGUGGUUUUUAUGUGAAAAAGUUCACAGAAUCACACAAUCACCCUUUUGCAGGAAAGGGAGGAAUUCAAUUCCUAAGGUGUAGUAGGUCUCUAACCGAGUUCCACAGAACAUUUAUCUUUGAUGCGUCCAAAUCAAACAUUGGUGCUUCACGAGCGUAUACAAUUUUUAAAUCAAUGAUCGGUUCAUAUGAAGAUGUAGGAGCUACUGUUGUUGAUUUUAAGAACUUUGCCAGGGAUAUUAAACAACACAUUGGGAAGCACGACGCUGAUAUGAUUGUCCAGAAAUUCAGGGAUAUACAAGAAUCUUCAGACUCGAGUUUUAGAUUUGAAUAUAGAACCGACUCGGGAAAUCAUCUCACUCAAUUAUUCUGGGCAGAUGGUGAAGGCAGGAAAAACUAUGAAGUAUUUGGUGAUGCUGUUUCUUUUGAUGCAACGUAUAGGACAAACAAGUAUGGCAUGGUUUUCAUUCCUAUUGUAGGAAUUGACAAUCACUGGAAGAGUGUGACUUUUGGGGCGAUUUUGCUUGAACGAUUCAUGGACAAACUUGGACGAGUAAUCUGGGCAGAUCACAUAACGCCAGAUGAAUUUGAACAAGGAUGGAUAGAUGCUGUUGAUGAAUUUGACUUGAACGAGAAUGUUUGGCUAAAAGAAAUGUUUGACAUGAGAUCUUUGUGGAUUCCAGCAUACUUUAAUGAUGAACCAAUGGUAGGACUUAUGCAGACAACAUCGAGGUCAGAAAGUUUUAAUUUUUAUUUUGGAAAUUAUGUCCAACGAGGUGAUACACUUUCAGAGUUUUACAUAUGCUAUCAGAGUGCAAUUGAAAAACAAAGGAACAACGCUAAGAAACUGACACACUAUGAUGACUUCACACCAAAAACAAUUACAGACAGAGAGAUUGAAAAAGAUGCGAUAAGACUUGACACAAGGGAUCUGUUUUACAAGGUUCAAGAAGAGAUAAGAGCUGGUUGUAUGGAUAUUAUCCUAUUGGGCAUGACUUGUCUGGACAAUGUGAAGAAAAUAAAGAUCCAAGAACCAGGGAAUAGAACCAGGAUUUUUGAGGUUGAACUUAACAUGGAAACACAUUUUAUUGAAUGUUCGUGCAAACUGUUCACCAGGGUUGGCUAUCUAUGUUCCCAUGCCUUUUUCUGCCUUGGUAUUUGUGGAAUUAGAAUAAUACCGCGACAGUAUGUCUCAAACAGAUGGUUGAAGAACACAGUUGAGCGCUUCAGCACACUUGAACUUGGAGAAAUAUCUGAUAGAGAUGCAACAAUUUUAUCUAGGCAUGUGCAGACACAAGAUUGUUGGUUUGAGUUCCAAGGCUGCCUAAGCGACGCAUCUGGUAAUGCUGAUGUUUUAGAGUAUAUUAAAAACGGAAUUUCUAGCAUGAGGAAACACAUAACAACAACAAUGAAGAAACCAAGAACUCGAUUAAACUCAGAGCAGAUCGAAGAAUUAAUAGAUUCUCAUGUUGUCAAUGAGAUUACAAUACGGAAUCCUAACAAAAGCAACAACAAGGGCAGCAGGAAAAGAAUCAUAUCAGGAGCAGAGAAAUCAAUUGGGUGCAACAAUAGGAAAAUGAGGAAAUGUGCAACUUUUCAGGAGUAUGCUUAUCAUGAUUCAAGGACUUGUCCUGAGAAGACUUAA